AUGGAUAUUCCAAACAAUCAAAGUUCUGGAAAUGAAAAUGUCACUCAAUCUUCCACUCCUAAUACCGAAACCUCUUCUCCCACCCCGGCUUCUUCAUUGCGUGGUAAAUCUGAUCCUGCAUGGGCACAUGUUGCCUACAAAAAAGAGGGGACACAAACUAUAUAUACAUGUCUUUUUUGUGGUAAUAAUUAUAGAGGAGGUGGGAUAAACAGAAUGAAACAACAUCUUGCUGGUAUUACUGGUCAAAUAGCUUCAUGCAAAAAAGUUUCACAUGAUGUGCGUCAUAGAAUGAUAGAGUCUUUGAAAGAAUGUUCAAAGAAAAAGGCUAUUGAAAACAUAGAUGAGGACCUAGAAGAAACCCAUGUUGAUUCUCCAAUUACUAUGAGUAGUGGGACGAAGAGGAGAGCUCCUGGGAGUUUGGACAAUUACUUUGCUCCUAGGACAGCUCUUGAUUCCCAACCAGGCAUUAAAAGUGCAUUAGCAACUAAAGAAGCAAAACACAAUGUGAAAAUGUUGAUUGCUGAAUGGGCUAUUGUAAACUGUAUUCCAUUCAAGGCAUUUGAUUGCCCUUUAUUUCAAAAAGCUGUGGAUGGUAUUGCUUCAAUUGGGCCUGGGUUUAAAGCUCCUAGUGCUUAUGAUUUCAAAACUAAUUUAUUGAGUGAUUGGAGAAAAGAAUGUCAGUUACUCAUUGAGAGCCAUCGAGCUAAAUGGAAAAACAACGGUUGCACACUCAUGGCUGAUGGAUGGACUGACAUUAGACAACGGACUUUGAUAAACUUUUUGGUGUAUUCUACACAUGGUAUGGUGUUUGUGAAGUCUGUUGAUGCAUCAGAUUUAGUUAAAGAUGCCAAAACUCUAUUUACUCUAUUCUGUGAAGUCAUUGAGUGGGUUGGUCCUAAGAACAUUGUCCAUGUAGUGACUGACAAUGCAGCCAAUUAUGUAGCAUGUGGUAGGCUGAUUAAGGAAAAAUAUAAAAAUAUUUAUUGGUCGCCUUGUGCUGCUCAUUGUUUGAAUCUUGUAUUGAAAGAUUUUUCCAGCAUGCCUCAUGUGUCAGACCUUGCAUCAAAAGCCUCAAAGAUAACAAUUUUUGCAUACAACCAUAUGGUUUUCCUCUCAUGGUUGAGGAAAAGACCGAGUUGGAAAGAAAUUGUACGUCCUGGUGCCACAAGAUUUGCUACUACAUUUAUUAUGUUGCAUAGUAUAUAUAUGCACAAAAAUGACUUGCAAGCUCUAGUUGUUGAUAAGCAUUUUGUGGAUCACAAAUUAUCCAGGACUGAGGCAGGAAAAAAUUUUAGUGCCCUCAUAUUAGAUAAUCGGUUUUGGAAUGAUUGUUAUCAAGUUGUGAAGAUUGUGUCGCCUCUCAUAAAGUUGUUGAGAAUUGUGGAUUCAGAUGAGAAGCCUUCAUUGCCUUAUGUUUAUGAAGGCAUGCGAAGGGCAAAAGUGGCGAUUAAAGAGAUGUUUAAAAGGAACAAGGAGUUGUAUAAGCCCUACACAAGCAUCAUUCAAGCUCGAUGGGACAGGCAUUUGAAGACUAAUCUUCAUGCAGCAUCAUAUUUGUUAAAUCCUGCAAUCACAUAUGAUCCAGAUUGUCCUAGUAAGUCAAAGUUAAUGAUGGCGUUGAUUGAUGUGGUGGAGUCUUACUCAGAUGAAGAUGUUGAUGGCUUUCUGGUAAUGAAACAAGCAACUACUUAUCGUGAAGGCAAGGAAUCUUUUAGUAGACCCUCAUGUCAAAAAGCUGCACAAAAAUUAGACCCUUAUGAAUGGUGGACAUAUUAUGGUUGUUCAGUUCCAGAAUUGCAGCGUGUUGCAAUGCGUAUUCUUAGUCAAACUUCUGCUUCUUCUGGUUGUGAGAGGAAUUAG